AUGAUUGAUGAAGUGUCGGCUGUAUAUGACUCAUUGCUAUCGCUGGGCGAUGAGAAACAAAUCACAAAUGCGAUAAUUAUUCACAUAGUCAUGACAAAAGUUGACUCUGCCACCCGAUCAAAGUGGGAAGAACAGCUGGAUUACGACAAGUUACCAUUGUGGAAGGAUUGUGAAGCCACCUUAAAUAGACGGUACCAGCACCUAUCAGCUGAAGGCGCAUCAUCUUCGAGGACGAGACCCAUGGCAGCAGCCAGCGCGAACCACGUGAAGCAGCCUCACAUGAAUGGAACGAAGUCCGCUUUAGUUGCAGCGAAUACAAAGCAGCCAACAUGCCAGCAGUGUAAAUCGAAGGACCACUACUUAACAGCUUGCCCCACUUUUAAAACUCUCUCUGUUCAACAGAGAUUUGAGUUUGUUAAAUCGGUGCCCUUAUGCAUAAAUUGUUUGCGUAAGGGACAUACGGUAUCUAAAUGCAGAGCGGAUCGAUGUCGCGUGUGUAAUCGGUCCCACCACACAUUACUGCAUCAGUAUCCUAUAUCCUUCGCUGCUGAACUUCAUCCGCAACCAACAACAACUACACACGCAAUGCAUACAAUAAGUGUGCCUGAUCGGGUUCAUUGGUCGCCGAGGGAUGCCCCGACGAUACACAGCGACAACGCAACCAACUUCGUCGGCGCCGAUCGCAAGUUGCGCGAACUCAAAGAGGCGUUUUUGUCCCAGUCUCCGGAAGUAAUGGAAUUCGCCGCCGAAGAAGGGUUCAAAUUCGCCUUUAUACCACCGAGGGCGCCGCACUUCGGCGGGUUAUGGGAGGCGGCAGUGAAGUCCGCCAAACACCUCGCCGUGCGCGCAAUGGGCAACGUGCUGCUCACCGCCGAAGAGCUAGGAACACUGCUGGCCGAAGUGGAGGCCAUCCUCAACUCGCGGCCCCUCGCACCUUUGAGCCAGGAUCCCAACGACGGCGAAGCAUUGACUCCAGCACACCUACUAAUAGGGUGCUCUCUCCGAGCCUUACCACCGGCAGAAGUGUCAACGGACCCAUUUUGGCGACAGUGGUCCAAAACGUACAUUACCAGUCUUCAGGAGCGCAACAAAUGGCUGCACCCGAAACGCAACCUGCAGCCCGGCGAUCUCGUCCUCGUCCACGAAGACAACACGCCACCGCAGCAGUGGGCGCUAGGACGAAUCGCCGGAACCGUAGAAGGACGAGACGGAAAGGUGCGAGUGGCAGACGUGGCAACCAAAGCAGGCACCAUUAAGCGCCCUAUUCACAAGCUCGCCCUGCUGCCUGUCGAAGUUGAAGGAUCAUGA